CGAAUGUACCCCAGUGGCACACAAGCGGGGCAAGUAAUUGCUCGUCUGGAGCAACUGCAAGCAAGGUCUCCUUCCCCAAAUCCUUGGGCCCCUUUCGUUCCUGCCUGGGCCAAAAGCAAAGGGCAUGGGCGGUUCCAGGACUCCGCCAGGUAUUAGCUCACUUGUACCGAGAAUUAGGUAUCGAUCUCACUAGGGAACGCCUUGACUACGUAUCUCAGACCAUGUAAAAGCGAAAACAUCGGGUCUGGGCCAUUGGGCGGCGACUUAAGCACUCCACUCUCACGUCGCCAACGACCGCAGCUUUUUGCGGCUCUAAGCGGACCCAUCCUUCCCAACGACUAAGAAAGAGAGUGACGACUAUCAGACACGACCGCUUGAUUAUAUUCAGUCCCACAACUGUCGCUUAUGUAGGACCGAAUCGACGACAGAGAGACAAAGCAUCUGAAUCAUCCACCAACCAUGGCUGGGCCGCAGCAAGGGCGACCAACGAGUAACGGUGACGACGACGCUGACGUCAACAACACUCAAAUACUGUCGGAAAACUGUGUUCGGUAUUGCAUUUUCCUAAUCGACUCCAACGCCCAGAGUGACCAGAGAAAACAUCUCUCUCGUCUUGAAGACUUGCGCAAAUCGGCCUUGGAGCUCACAAACCGCCUAACAGCGGACUACAUUUGGCAAAAGGGCUCUCUCACACUUGAUGUGGUUACCUCCGAAGGCCUAACCUUCCUACAAGGGACAACCGACUACGCAGACGCCAUCGAAGACGAAUGGUUGAUAGUCUACGUCCUCAGAGAACUCUCCAAAACCCACCCAACUGCCUGGGUGCGCGUAUUCGACGUAGAUGGAGAGUUCCUACUGAUAGAAGCAGCCAAUGUUCUUCCAAGAUGGUUGAGCCCAGAGACGGACUUCAAUCGCGUCUGGAUUAACAACGGCCGCCUUCGUAUCAUCCCGCAACCAUCUGAGUCAGGCUCAAAGUCGAUGCUACUGACGUUGCCGGAUGCCGUGCGCAUCAUCAAAACUGCCGCCGACUCGCUGGUUCUCUCAGAUCUAAUCGAGGCUGAGGCAUUCUAUCGCCUCGAAAAGUAUCCUGGUCAGAUUCAGAACUCUUUGCACCACUCUCUCGUCACAGUCCCUCGAAGACUGGCUCACGUUCUCCACCUGAGCCCCAAGGCUGUCGCUCCGGCUGUGGAAUCAUUCUAUCUUCGUGAUGCUUUGGACCUGAGGGCACUUUUGUCUCGAGUCAAUGAUCUUCAAUUUCCUCCGAAAGAUCUUGUCACGCUAAGUGUGAAAUUCACCCGGGUGUUGUUUGCUCAGCUCAUAUCCCAGAGGUUCGAUCCUCCUGUCCCAUGGGCUGGUCUGAUUCAGCAAGCAAAGGGCACGGAACUAAAGCGCCUGGAAAUCGGCAUGAAACUCACGUGCGGAUUUGAAAUCAUGAUGAACAACAUUGGCAAAAUCGACAGUCGCCAUGCACGAGAGGCAGGUAUCAUUGUCGAGGAUCUCAAAGAGGAUGGGGACUCGGUGCUUCCUGCGGAUGAAGACAUUCGAACAUGGAAAGAUGCUUUUCGAGAAGACGACGAGUCGUGGAUGGAUAUCAACUACGAGGAUUUCGAAAAUGAGCUGUCGGGACGACGUAAGAAUGAAAAUUGCAGCCGGCCGAAGUCUGGAUUUGGGGAUGCUGCGACGCAGGCAGACCUGCGGAAGAUUGUUUCUCGGUUUGAGGCCUUUUUGAACGACGAAAGCGCAGGACUCGAUGGCGCCGAGGUCGACGAGAUGGACAUGGACGAUGAUGAUGACGAUGAUGAGAGCAACGGCGACGACGAAGAGGACAAGGCGGUCAGCUUUGACGAGGUAGAGUUCUCUCGAAUGAUGAGGGAGAUGAUGGGAUUGGCACCGGCCGAGCCUGGUACCACAUCAACAUCAAGUGAGUCGGCUGCAACAGCAAACAAUACCAUACAACCAGGGCUGGGAGAGCACAUGGAGGAGGAACCCGACGAUGAAGAGCUCCAGAAGCUAGCUUCUCAGCUGGAAGCAGAGCUCAAUGCACACGGCGCUCUUAGGUUGAGCCAGCCGCGGAACAAGGUUUCUACGCUUGAGGACAAGGGCAAAGGCAAGGAGAAGGCCCCUGUUGGCUCGAGGAACAUGUCGGCGACAGCUGACCAUGUGGCUACCGACGACGAAGAUGAGGACGAUGGCGACAACGGAGAAGUUGACAUUGAUUACAACCUGGCGAAGAACCUUCUUGAAAGCUUCAAGGGACAAGCAGGCAUGCCAGGCCCUACUGGCAACAUCCUAGGCAUGAUGGGACUGCAGCUCCCGCGAGACGAGGACGACAACGACACUGGAAGCAAUGAGAAAUGAAAAGUCAAGUGAGCCGAAGACUUUAUUAUGUGUCGCCCCGCACAUACUCAAAAGACAGUGUAAUCUUCGAGAUCUCCCAGAAAGAAACUAGCAGCCGUACGCCAGGCUUCCACCAAAAAAAAAAAAGGG